ACAAAUGGUCCGGUCUGACACAACAAUUACAGCUACAUGGGUAAGCUUAGUGGCUUUUUUUCUGUUUUACAGGCAGAUAUUUCUGAUUAUACUGUCCGCUCUUGGUGUUUUAUUGCUUUUAGAAGGUGGUCUCUUUGGACCAAACUCUUUCCCUGUAUCAAUUCUUUUUCUUACUUGCAUUACGGUUUGUGUAUGACAGCAUGCAACCUUAAUCAAACUUUUAACCUGACAAAGUGUCUCACAACUUGUAAAAAUUAUAAUUUGUGUGAACUUGAUUGUUUAUUCUGCAGUUAUAUUAAAGAAAAUGACACUGGUAAAUAUAAAAAGUUGUUGACCAACGGUUUAUAAUCGAAAUUUAAUAUGGCUGGCGGUAAAGGUAAAGAGAAGUUUAAAGGAACAAACAUUAGGUAUUUACUUAGAGCGUUUUGUCAAUUAAAGUGACUGCUACAGUUACCGAAAUAAGAAAA